AGAUUCGCCGUACUUUGUUUUGCGCAUGCGUAUGGCGUUUUCUUUAGUACUGUCGAAGAAGCGUUUUUAAUCAUGUCAGAGAAAGGUGAAGUCGAUUUAACUGGUGCCAAACAGAAUACGGGUGUGUGGCUUGUAAAGGUACCCAAAUACCUCUCUCAGCAAUGGACAAAAGCACCUGGCAGAGGCGAGGUUGGGAAAAUCAGAAUCUGCAAGAAAGGAACCCAAGGAAAACCAGAGGUGACUUUUACUUUGAAUGAAGAGCUGACUGUGAUUGAAGGUAUAGAAGACAAGAUGGUGUCUACACCUCGCGAGCACCCGUUCACCAUGCAGUCAGUGGGAGGUCAGAUGUUGGCAGUCUUCACUGAGACUUCAUCGGGCCAGGCAGAGGAGAGAUCUGAUGGCAGCAACUCAGGUUCGGGCGCAAAGGCAGGUCCAGAUAAAAUAGCCCUGGAGGGAGUCGUAGUGCAGAGAGCAGAGUGCAGACCUGCUGUUAGUGCAAACUACAUGAGGCUGAAGAGGUUACAGAUCGAAGAGUCCUCCAAGCCAGCCAGACUGUCACAGCAGCUGUCCAAAGCUGUCACCACCAACUACAAACCUGUGGCCAACCAUGCUUACAAUCUUGAGUAUGAGCGGAAAAAGAAGGAGGACGGCAAAAGAGCAAGAGCUGACAAACAGCAGGUCUUGGACAUGUUGUUUUCUGCUUUUGAGAAACAUCAGUACUACAACAUCAAAGACCUGGUGGAUAUCACCAACCAGCCUGUGAUUUACCUGAAGGAAAUCUUGCGCAAUAUUGGAAUCUACAACGUGAAGGGAACGCACAAGAAUACCUGGGAGCUUAAACCAGAGUACCGACAUUAUCAAGGCGAGGAGAAGACCGACACAUAGUUUCUGACCCUUCCAGAGCCAGUAUACCAUCUCUUCAUGUGAUGGGUAUCCCUCCCAGAUGGGGCCUUGGGUUCUCAGGUCUCAAAACACAAGGAGGUUGAGUUUUCAAGAGGGAGGCUGUUGUAUGUGCUUGAUAUUUCGUAGGAGAUGAGUACUUGAGGUUUUACACCAACAUGUGCACCAUCUCUUCAUGGGGUGGUUUGUCUGUGCCGGCCGAUCCUUGAGGUAAACCCCCCGAUAUUUCACUUGUCCCCUCGGGCUCUGCACAUAGGUAGUAUUUUAUGAAGCAAAAGAUGCUAACUCUGGUCAUUAGGGUUUUAAUGUUUUGAUACAAGUAUAUUAAGAGGUUUAAUGUGUAAAAGAAAACUUAAGCUACUGACCCACCACUAAAUUAAUAAUGCGCUGAGAUUUUUCUCCAAGACAAAUUCAGCCCGAGCUGGCAUUAACACUUUGACCACCACCACCAGUGUAAUCCGGUUUCAGAUGUACCCAAAUUAGUCCAUAUCACCUCAUUUUAAAUUGUUUUAUAUUUUGACUUAUUCAAUAAAUGUUUCAGGAGAGAAGUUUUACUCUUACUUUGUACAAGAACAGCAGCACAAAAACACCUGUACAGCAGUGCACACUUCAAAAACCCCCUUUAAAACACCAACCAUACAAACUUGUUUACAACCAUCUAUGGAUAACUUCCCCUACAGUUCACUUAAGAUUUAUUUUGCUUGGUCUUCUAGAAGAAUCCUCAGUUUGAACCCAUAUCCCUUUUUUAUUGCAACUUCCUCUUAAUAUUUAAAUUUUUUAUUUUCCUUC